AUGAAAGCAAGGUUUGAAUCACUGACAAUUAAUGCUUAUGGCUCAAGGGUACAAAAGAAAGAUCCCUCUGAUCUAAAGUUUGCGGUUUGCCAAUCAGUUUGUCCUGAAAAUGCUUCUGCUGAGGAGAAAAGAAUCUAUUAAUACCUAGACGAUCAAAAAAUAUUCAUGCUAGAUGCAAAGCAAGUGCUAGAGCAUUAAAUUGAUAAGGACUGUCACUCUCCCAUUCUUGCGCAGUAGUUUCUAAAAAAGUAACAGAUUUAUUCAGCUCAAAUGCGUGGACCUUCUUUCCUUUAGAGAAGGAUGGAGCAAAAAGCUAGCUAGCUAAGUGUCGGAGUUAAAGAAGGCUGUGCCUCAGUUAUGAAGCAGUUAAAGUCUGAAACUAUAAAGGGUAUUAAUAAUGAGAACUUCGGGUCAGUCGACUCUUGCGAUGAGUUAUCAUAGGUCUCUAUUUCUGGUACUGAUCAUCACUAUUUAACUGGGGCUAAUGAAAAGGUUAUUUUGCUAAAAACAAAGGAAAAUCUAAAUUCAAACAAUAUUGAUUAUGAACAGAUUUAAAUCCAAGGAGAUAAAUCUUACAACUUUCGUUAAUCACCUCCAAUAUUUAGCAAGCUAACCCUACUCAAUGUUCAUUAGUAUGAUUAAGAACAAUAAACUUCACAAUCAGCAUUUACCAUUAAUAGUGAUAAUAAGCAGUAGUAGAUGUAAAUAAUAAAUAGUAGAAUGGUUGCGUAACAGGUAAAUUCUAAUCAAGAUGAUACUGGCAACUCCUCGAAAUUGUAAUAAUGA